AUGCAACCCUGCGCCGGUCUUAGCUCCACCUCCCUCGCCGACCCCGACUAUAUCAGUUAUACCGCCCUGCUGCUUCUGCAGUCAUCAGUUCUCCUGGCUAAAGUCGGCACCACGGCCGGAAUGGACUCUCGCCAGAAUUGCCAGCCCGCCCACCACCGCAUAUGCCGCAACAUUCGUGCCGUCGUCGAGUCCCAUUCGACCUCAUCGGCCUUCCCCGACCCCGCCAAGACAAGCAACAAGAAGAAGCACCACGGCGGGAAUCUGAAGAAUCUGCUGCGGAGGAAGGACGGCGGUAGCAGCACCAGCACCAACACCAGCACCGCCUGCUCCUCGACCACAACCCUCCACUCGCCCUACAUGCACCCGGAGCCCUCGCGCUCCGCGCCGCCAAUGCAAGCCGUCUGCUCCGGCCGUCUCCCAAGCAACCAUCCCUUUUCCGAAGAAGCCUACGCCGUGCGGCAUCCGUCACCACAGCUGGUGCCACCGCCAUUCGGGCGGCCUCUUGGCCCCCAGCCCGCCGACGCGUCGUCGGCGUGCACGCCCGCAAGCAGCACACCGCUCAACAGCAGCAGCGGCAGCAACGGCCCACGGGCAGCAGCGCGGCAAUCGUUCAGCGGCCACGACGCGCCCCCGUACGAGGACGACGCUCUUGCCAUUGCUGCUGCUCCGGUGGUUGUCGCUGCUCCUUCUCCUCUCCAUCGCCGCCAGAGCGAGACUUUUGACGACGCGUCCGAGCUGCAGGAGUUCGCCGAAGCGACGUCCGGCUUCGACCCCUUCAGCCCCGUGCGCCAGCGCCCCAUCUCAGAGUACUACGCGCCGCGGCUAUCAGCGUACGCGCGCUCGCAAACCCUGCCUUCACAAUCACUGCCCUCGCAGCCAUGGUCGCAGCCUUGGUCACAGCCUUGGUCGCAAUCAACACAAGCCCUGUCGACACAACCGCCCUACCAGCCAUCCUCGCAGCGCUCCUCGUCCUCGCAGGACCUGCUCUUCCACGCCCCCCCCGCCGCCGCCGAUGACGACGACCAGCUCGCCGCCGACGACGACGACGACUACGGCCCCCCGCCCCAGGACGAACUCCCGGAUUACGCGCAGAGCCAGUGGGAGGUGCAUAGUCGGCGAAGGCGGGAAGCGGCGCGUCGGGCGGCGGAGCUGGAAAGGCAGUGGUUGGAGGCGAGGCGGGCGCGUGGCUCUUGA